AUGGAGGCUGCAGAGGAGGCUCCCCUGGUGGCACUGCCUCAGUCCCCAGAGCCGUCUUCUURCCCAGGAGACAUCAGUCCCUGCGACUUGACCAUCCUUCAUUUCAACGACGUGUACGACGUGGACCCGAGUCCAGAGGAGCCUGUAGGAGGCGCUGCUAGAUUUGCAACAGCUGUGAAAAAGUUUGAUUUCUUGAAUCCACUCUUGAUUUUUAGUGGUGACUGCUUAAAUCCUUCAGUUUUAAGUACAAUAACAAAAGGAAAGCAUAUGAUUCCUAUAUUAAAUGAAUUGGGAGUACAUUUUGCAGUUUUUGGAAACCAUGAGUUUGAUUUUGGUGUGGAUAUUUUGGAAGAAUACAUGAAACAAAUGCAUUUUACAUGGUUUCUCAGUAAUGUCUAUGACAGAUUUACUUCUGAACCUCUUGGACAUGGUACAGUGAAAAAAAUCAUUCACUGGAACAAUAUAAAAAUUGGGUUAAUGGGAUUAGUUGAAGAAGAUUGGCUAGAUACCUUGGCUACUGUUAAUAAGUCAAAUGUAAAUUAUAAAGAUUAUGUUGAAGUUGCUAAUGAAAUAGCAAUAGAACUUAGAGAAGAAGGAGCAGAUCUUGUUAUUGCAAUGACUCAUAUGAAAUGGGGAAAUGAUACCAGACUUGCCCAACGAGCAGAAGGGGUCAAUUUGAUUCUAGGAGGCCAUGACCAUGAUUAUGGAAUCAGGAAGGUGAAUGAAACUUGGAUUGUCAAAAGUGGAUCUGAUUUUAAAACCUUGACAAAAAUAGAUAUAAGACUCUUUGGUGCAUCUUUUCAAUAUGUAUUUGAGAAAGUGGACAUUUUGAGUUACCUGGAAGAAGAUUCACAUAUUAAAGCAAUAGUAAAAGAUUUUACUCAGAACAUACAGUAUAUGUUAGAAGAAGUUCUUUGCCCAAUUGACAUGGAAUUAGAUGGUCGUGAAAUUACUGUGAGAAGAUCUGAGAGUAAUCUUGGAAAUUUGGUAACUAAUGCAAUGUUGGAAGCUACUCGUGCUGAUGUAGCACUACUCAAUUCAGGUACACUCAGAUCUGAUCGAAUACAUCCAGUAGGGAAUUUCACUCUGCAUGAUCUUUUGGCUGUUCUUCCGAUAGUAGACCCAGUUUUAGUUGUUAGAGUAACAGGUGCACAGCUGCUUGAAGCACUUGAAAAUGGGGUAUACAAGUACCCAGCUCUCGAUGGGAGAUUUCCUCAAGUUGCUGGAAUACAGUUUGGAUUUGAUCCAGAUGCAGAACCAGGACACCGAAUCAUAAGAGAUACUGUAAAAGUUCAAGGACAAUACUUACAGAAAAAAAAAAUUUACCUCCUUGCUAUUAAAGAGUAUAUUGCAAAUGGGAAGGAUGGUUACAGUAUGCUUAAAAGUUGUCCUCGAAUGUUUGACACAGAAACUGCACAAGUACUUUCUACAGUAGUCAUGAAUCACUUUGAGUCAAUAAAAAUAUUGCAGGGGAGGAAGAAGUGCCUUUCAGGUCAUCGAAUGAGUUUAAUUACUACUACAAGCAAAUCACCAUCACUAACAGCCUUUGAGGAAGAGUCAAAUAAACCAUCAUCAAUAAUUGCAGUACCUGGCAUUGAAGGACGAAUUUGCCACAUUUCUCAGGAUAUGAAAGAACAUUUGCACCAACUUAGAAUUGAAAGAAAACAAGGCUUAAGAACUUUUCCCACCAUUAGUGAUAAUACGUCUGAGAAUUCUGAUUCUGAUUGA